AUGAAAUUACAAUUUUUACUACAAACAUCUUCAGCCGCUACUCAAGUUCUUACUAAUCCAGAACUUUUAGGCAUAAUAAUUUCUCAUAUUGAAUAUGAUGAUAUAAAUUCCCUUUAUUCAUUUUCAUUGGUAAAUAAAUUCUGGUGUAAAAUUGGUAUUCCCUACCUAUGGAAAUCACCAUUAUCUUUAAAUCUCCUCAAUAUUACUAAGAUCAUACCAAUUUAUAUUUCAUGUUUAGAUAAAUUAACUAAACAGAAAUUGUCACAAUUAUUAAAACAUGAUUAUAAUAAAAGGGAAAAUAUUUUAAUUGAAAGUAUUUAUAAUAAUCAUAUUUAUAAUAGUCAAAAUAAUAAUCAUAAUAAUCAUAAUAAUCAUAAUCAUAACUUCCAAUUAUCAAGAAUAAAUGAAAAUUUAAGAAAUAUAAGAAAUUCAUUUAUUAAUUUAUUAAGAUCAAAUUAUUUAUUCACAAAACCAUCAACUUUUAAUUAUUUAGAAUUUAUUAAUGAAAUUAAUUUACACUCUUUAUAUAAACUUAUUUUUGAAUGGUUAUCCGAUUUAUAUUCCAAUGCCACCAUAAUUAAUUACAUCAUCGAUGACACAAAUUCCCUUAUUAAUUCUAUCAAUACCAACAUUCAAAAUAUAAACUAUAAUAAUAAUAUAAUCAACGAUCAAACACUAAUAUUGACACAACAAUUCUUUAACUUUUUUAUAAACAAUUCAAAUCAUCUUCAACAUUUGAAAUUUGAAGAUUUUUAUAAUUCCCCUCUUACCCUUAUUCAAUCUUUUGUUUCUGAUAAUAAUAAUGAUCAACAGAAAUUACAAUCACAAUUAUCAAAACUUAAAUCAUUAGAUUUGCAAUUAAUUAAUAUUAAUCCUGAUUUGAUUUCCAAAUUUAAUUCUUACAAUACUCAUCAACUUCAUACAAUUAGUUUAAAAUCUAAAUAUGAAAGGGUUCCACCUAAUUUUUCUUUAUUAAUUGAAAAACAAGAAGGAUUAAAAAUUCUUUUAUUAGAGAAUGUCAGAAUUGAUAUUCCAACUUUCGUUUCUAUAAAUUCUCAAUAUUUAUCACUUGGAAAUUUAUCAUUAAUCAAUGUGAUAGUAAAUUCUUCAGAUGCGUUAAAGAAAUUAUCUAGAUGCAUAAAUUUACACACCUUGAGAAUUGAAUUUAACAAAGAAAUACCUGAAACUUAUAAUAAUUUAAGUAGAUUAUGGAAUUUACAAUUUCCAAUAUUAAAUAAAUUAAUAAUUAUUGGAAAUAUCUCAAAGAAUGAUUUGGAAAAUUAUAAUUUUGAAAAUGACAUUUUAAAAUUUUUCGGAAUUAAUUCAAAAUGUUAUGAUUAUUCAACCAAAACCAAUUCUUAUUCACCUAGAUUAUUGGGGGAAAUUCAAUUACCUAGAUUAUCUGAAUUAAAAGGAUUAAGAUAUUUAAAGCAUUUAGAUUUAGAAAUGAAAUUUACCUCAGUUCAAAUAAGUCAUUUACUUGACAUGUGGAAUAAAGUUCCAUUAAUUCACCUUAAUUAUUUAUGUAAGGAUGAUGUAAGUGAUCAUCAUUCAAUAUUAUCUAAAUUUAGUCAAUCAUUGAAUCAGCAAAGGCUUUAUAAAGUUGAUAUAAAGGAUUCACCUUAUUGGUAUGAUAAUACAACUUAUAGAAUUGAUUUAGAUUUAUAUCAUUGUUGUAUUUAA